AUGGGACAACUACCGUCAGCUCGAGUGACACCGGCACGACCCUUCCAGAAUUCCGGGCUAGAUUACGCCGGACCCAUUGCGUUAAAAACUUGGCGAGGGCGGGCGGCUCGUACCUAUAAGGGUUAUCUUCCAAUUUUUAUAUGUCUAGCAACCACCGCCAUCCACAUCGAGGUAGUAACAGACUACACUACGGCUGGCUUCAUCGCCGCCUACAAAAGGUUUACUGGCAGGAGAGGUGUAUGCCACACCCUUCAAAGCGACUGCGGAACGAACUUCUUAGGAGCUGAUGCUGAGCUGCGUCGCUUAUUUGAUUCCUCCCCCAAGGAAUUGCGAGAACUCGCUACCCUGCUCGCCAAUGACGGAACGGAAUGGAAAUUCAACCCUCCGUCGGCACCUCAUUUCGGAGGAAUAUGGGAGGCCGCAGUUAAAUCUACCAAGUUCCAUCUUCGGAGAGUCUUAGGAGAAACCGUUCUUACAUACGAGGAAAUGACGACAGUCAUUGUGCAGAUAGAAGCCGUUCUAAAUUCCAGACCAUUGUGUCCCCUUUCGGAGGACAUCAGUGACUACUCAGCCAUAACUCCAGGUCACUUCUUAAUAGGCGAAUCUCCCGCUAUCAUCCCGGAACCGAAUUUGGCCGCUGAGCCGACUUCACGACUGUCGCGAUGGCAACUUCUUAGACAAAAACUGGAUCAAUUCUGGACCCGGUGGUCCACAGAGUGCCUACAGCGAUACCAAGCCAUAUCUAAGUGGCAACACCCUUCUCAUGAAGUUAAGGAAGGAUCUUUAGUGCUGAUGAUUGACGAACGCUAUCCUCCCGGAAAAUGGCCUCUUGCGAGAGUCACAAAGUUGCACCCGGGGGUUGACGGACUAAUCAGAGUCGUUUCUUUGCAGACCGCCUCCUCCACCUACAAACGACCAAUAGCCAAAGUCUGUAUUCUGCCAGUUGAACGAGAAGGAGGGUUUUCGACGAACUAA